GUAGUUUUGUGUACGCUGUUCCUAGGCUGUUUAGCUGCGGAUGGUAGGUGAUAGCCAUAUAUGAAAGCACCAAGGUGAACAUAUACUAAUUUGUUGAUACAGAAUAUAACCCCGUAUUCUAUUCUUUUAAAAAUAAGGAAUAUUGUUGAUUUAAAUGUUUGAAUAAAAAGGUUUAGAUAAAAGAUUUUGAAACGCAGUCAUGGAUUAUAAACCGCCAAAGACUGUCGUCGACCCGGAAUCCAAACUGUUAUACAACAACGAUUGUUCGAUGAAAUACGAUACCCAGGUGUUAUACGAUAGUGCAUACCAAGGCAGGUAUGGAACAAACAUGCUACAAAUGUGCUUGAAAGGACUGAAACAAAAUCUCAUUUUGGUUCUUUUGUUGUUAUCGGUGGUAUUUGGAUGCGCAAUUGGAUUUGGAGUAAGAGCGACGGGACAGCUAACAAAAAGAGAAAUAAUGUAUCUGCAAUUUCCGGGAGAAAUGCUAAUGCGCAUGCUCAAGAUGCUGAUACUACCAUUGGUUAUUGCAAGUUUAAUUGGCGGGAUUGCGGGACUCGAUGCAAAAACCUGUGGCAAAAUGGGGCUGAGAACAAUGGCGUAUUUUGGUACAACCACUUUGCUGGCUGUAAUCCUAGGAAUCAUCAUGGCGGUGACAAUUCGCCCGGGCGCCAAUGGCGAUCAGACAGAAAUCCCCAGAUAUGGGGAGUCAAAGAAACUGAACUCCGUGGAUACCUUUCUUGAUCUCAUCAGAAAUAUGUUCCCAGAUAACCUGAUAGUUGCUUGUUACACGGGGUUUAAGACCGACCUCAGUGAAAAGAAAACUUUAGAAAAUGUUUCACUUCCUGUAGAGAAUAACACGGAGAGUUCUGAAAACACAACACUCCAACUACGAGAGUCCGUCACAAUGGAACCUACCAAAGGAGAGACUGGUCAGUCUAAUAUCCUGGGUCUCGUGGUCUUCUCUGUGUGUUUUGGAAUCGUCAUUGGCAGAAUGGGAGAGAAGGGGAAACCACUGCUCAACUUCUGCAACUGUGUCACGGAAUGUACUAUGAAGCUUUUCGUCGUAUUCAUAUGGUAUUCUCCAAUCGGAAUAACGUUUCUGAUCGCUGGGAAAAUUGUGGGGAUGGAGGACUUCGGAGUUCUAAUGACCCGCGUCGGUCUGUAUUUCCUGACCGUUUUGUUCGGACUGUCGAUCCACGGAGCGAUCAUCCUUCCUCUGAUGUACUUUGCCCUCACUAGACGUAACCCUUAUGCAUUUCUACGAGGCAUUCUAGAGGCAAUGGCCACAGCAUUUGGGACUUCGAGCAGUUCAGCAACGAUGCCAGUCACCUUACGUUGCCUGGAGAUGAAAAAUGGAAUCGACCCGAGGGUGAGCAGCUUCGUGAUCCCAGUAGGCGCUACCAUUAAUAUGGACGGUACAGCCCUCUACGAGGCAGUGGCGGCACUCUUUAUUGCCCAAGUCAACGAUAUCGAUAUGUCUUUUGGACAGAUAGUCACAAUUAGCAUAACAGCUACUGCAGCCUCCAUAGGCGCCGCUGGGGUUCCACAGGCGGGUUUGGUUACUAUGGUCAUAGUCCUAGCUGCUGUUGGUUUACCAAUUGAUGACGUCACUUUGAUUCUUGUCGUUGAUUGGUUCUUGGAUCGAUUUCGCACAAUGACAAAUGUCGUGGGAGACAGUAUCGGAGCUGGGAUAGUUUACCAUUUGUCUAAGAGUGAGUUAUCCGCACACCAGGAGGAUAAAACCGAGAAUCUCAACCUUGUACGAGUUGAUAUUCCCAACGGAAAAGAAGCGAUAACUGCUGUGUGAUUGGUGGUCAGGAUAAGAAGCCUGAGUAGUUGUUCGGAUCACAAGCAUCACAACGUAACCUCACAGUACUAGAGUACUAGAAUCUGUUGGAUAUUACUUGAGUAGUGAUUGUAGUGUAUGUUGUUAUUUGUUUGGGCUUUCACAGCUCUAAGAUCGGAUCGCAACGAAAAGACUAUACAUUGUAUACAAUACAAUAUGCUGAAAAUUGUGGAUGGAAAAAAAUCUUAUAAUCCAGGGGCGGAUCCAGAAAAUCUUUAAGAGUCGGGGGCUUGCGACGCGAUUUUGCACCGUUUUUGCCCAAAGUGGGGGUAAAGACUCCAAAAAGGAAACAAAUGACCCGCUGUUGUUUAACUAUUCCACAAAAGGGGUGUAACCCACUAGAUCCGCCACUGUAAAUUGUAUGAAGUACAAACGAUUGUAUUAGAUACAAAUUGAUUUAGAAAGUAUUUUGUUAAUGACAUGCGUGUUAAUGUAUUAUAAUGUAGCUCUGUUUGCUUAGAUUUUUCAGAAUGCUGAUUUUGGACUGUACAUUGUAUUUUCUUUAUUUAAAGAAUUGAUAAUUCCGCGAGAAUUACCCGGGAUUGUGAUGAUGGGUAUGUGCGAAUUAGAAAGUAGCAUCACUUUUCACAUCAAACUGUAAAUUAUAAUUGUUAGAUAUUACACGUCCGUGAAUUGUAUGUUCGGUAAUAGAGACUAGAUCCGACUUUAACUAUCAAGCUGAAGCUUCCACUUGUUUUGAAUUGAAGACUUUUUGAAUUAAAAAACAAAAUUAAACAGUGAUAGUGAUGAAAAAAUCCGUAUCACAACGGGGUCAAAUUUGCGAACACUAAAUUUGGCUUUUUCUGCUAAAAGAUCUGCUGUGAUUAGAUGUCUACCGCAUUUAGAAGAUUGAUUCGUGUGUUGGUUAGGAUACCACGAAAAUAAGGAAGAUUGCAUCAUCUCUAUAUAGUUUAUUGACACUGUAAUGUAGCAUGACCAACUUGUACUAGUGGCGGAUCCACAACAUUUUCAAACGUGGGGAUAGAACCCAAGUUUGUACCUUUUCCGCUUCAAAAACAAGAGGGUGUGAAGACCCCAAAUUAGCAAAAAUUACCAUUUUUGUUAAAAUAUUCAACCAAAGAAGUGUAUUCCCCUGUAGAUCCGCCACUUACACUGAACUACAACCCUCAAAUAGCAGCAGGUGGUUUUUUUUAAAUUAAGAACAUCAGGGAUGUUUCGUUUAUAAACGUUCAGAGUGAUAUAUCUGUAGAAAUGCACAUGCAGGUAAAUUACAUUAUACAGUUCUAAGUAUUGACAAAAUGACGUUUAACACACUACGUAUCGUAAAAAUUUUGGUAACCGUAGUAAACCAAUGACUGUGUCUGAUGCCACGUCAAAACCACGUAGAAAGGCUGAAGAGAGCUACGUCUCCGGCGGGCGUUAGAUAGCCUGAAGAGGGCUACGUAUCCGGCGGGCGUUAUGCGGUGUACGUUGGGUCAACGGCAAAAAUAUCGGGCACUAUUCCAUACUUCCCGAAUAUGCCCCCAUCAAUUGAAUGUAUGAGGGCAAUAAUUGGAUUGAUGCACUCAUCAAUUAAAUUGAUGAGAGCAAUAAUUUUGAUGCGUGCAAUCACUGAUCAUCAUUAUUGAGUCUUAGAAUAAUUGAUGAUAUCUUGAGUUGAUGUUAAUAUGGCGUAACAUAAGACCAAGUUAGAAAAUGGACUAUAUUUUUAAAUAUUGUUAUUUCAUGACUAGAUAUAUCAUCAAAAAGACCCCGUCUCAUAUUUCAUAGAAUUAUGAUAUAGUAGGUCAAACUCAACUUGGUUUCGUUGCAACAUUCAGUAUCAGUAUUAUUAUUCCGAAUAUAGAUGUCGAUUUCAGAUCAGACAGAAGAUUGUUUUGUAGUUGCAGGAUCAUUGACAAAGAAGAACAGACUGUUCAUGAAAUGAUCAUCGUACAAGUUAUACCUCAGUGACGUCAAUAGCUGUGUUUUUGUUAGGUUGGUUACGACUGUAGCUGAAAUCUUAUAGGGGAUUUUAAGAGAUGUGAAAUCAUUGCAGUAGUAAGACUUUGUUUCCUUUACUUAUGUGAAUUAAAAUAUAUAAUUUGA